AUGCCAGACUCAUGGGAAGACCAGAUUGCCCACUUCCAGACCAUCCCCUGGUGCGCCAAAGUGCUUUCCGAGCCAGGCAUUCUAGUCGCUCCCACUGUCAGCCGGCGAUUCGACCCUGAUAACCGUAUCUUUGAGUACUGGGGCAAAUGGAGCCGUUUGGUGCGGUUUAUCGCCGAAGAUGAUUGGAGGGAGUAUAUCGGUGAGCCGGUUGACGAUAGCGUUGACGUCGGAGCCGCCCUCACAGCAUCUGUUCCCGUGCCUGUCCGGGUGUUCACCGGCACAUCCGCGCUUGACGCCUCAGCAGAGCCAACAUCAAAGAUCCUCAACAUUCAGAAGCUCUUGCCGCCCCUGAGUCGCAAGGAAGUAGGCACAAUCCGUUGCAUAGGCCUCAACUACCGCAAACAUGCCAAAGAGAUGAAUCUCGAGUUGCCAGAGCAUCCUACGCUCUUCUUCAAGCCGGCAAGCUGCUUGAACGCCUCAAAUUCGCCACUUGUCAUUCCCCAUCAAGCAACAGACUCUCAAGCGGACUAUGAGGCCGAACUGGCAGUGGUCAUCGGCCGUGACGCGAGGAAUGUUAGCACUGAAGAGGCCAUGGACUAUGUGCUCGGCUACAUGUGCUCCAACGACGUCACGGGAAGAAAACACCAGUUCGCCGGCGCGCAGUGGGGCUUCGGCAAGGGUUUCGACGGCUUCGCUCCCAUGGGGCCCUGUCUUGUCAGCACGAGCAGCAUCCCAGAUCCGUCGGUUAUUGAAUUGAAGACCGUUCUCAACGGCGAGGUCAUGCAGGAGGGCAGAGGAGACGACAUGAUCUUCUCUAUCGCGGAGAUCGUGGCGUAUCUGUCUCAAGGCACGACACUGGAAGCAGGUACAGUCAUCAUGACGGGUACACCUCAUGGUAUCGGUGUCAGCAGAACCCCUCCGGUAUUCCUCGCUCCAGGAGAUGACCUUCGGAUUGUGAUGAGCCACGGUUUGGGCAGUCUUGUCAACCGAGUGGAGUACGAGGAGAAGCCGAAACAGGCGGCUACGAAUGGCGUCAACGGGGUCAAGGCGGUUAAUGGUGUUAACGGGGUAAAAGAAGUCAAAGUUAACGGGAUUCAUUGA